UGUAAAGACAUAUCUAAAGCUGGGUUUAAGGUAGAGAAAUGUAAAGGAGCAGAUGCACUAUUUAUGAAGAAGUAUGGUAUGCAGUUUUACUGGUAUUUGUUGGAGAAUAUAAAGUUAGAAAGUAACAAGGUAGACAACUUUGAGGCUCUGUAUUGUACGAUGGCAUUGAUCUGUGUAGAGAUGACAACAAAAGAGAUUGUACUAGAGCUUAUCAGGCUAGCUCUUGACAUGCAGAAUAUAGCAACAAAUAAUUUAAGCCUGCCAUUGACACAUAAGUGUGCGAUACAUGCCCUUGUACUAGCAUUCAUGAGUUUUCUGGCCCAGGUGUGCGAGUUACAGCAAUUACAUCAAUAUACACAAGAGGUUUUAGAAUGGAGGAAAAAAGAAGCUUCACACCUAUUACCGGAGUUUGCCUUCAACAGAAAUAAUAGACCUGCAAGUCAUUCUGACCUUGAUGUGACACCACUAACUGAUUACCCUACAAUACAUUAUCCACAGACAGAAACAUUGAAGGACAAAUGGCUGUUCCAGGUAGAAAUCAUAUCUGAGAUGUUAUCUAGUGAAUUCUCUGAUCUCACGAGACUCACUUCACCAUUUACACAGAAACCAUUUGGGUUUACAGAAGUAGAUGGUAGUAGAAGUAUGAGUGAUAUUAACUCCAUCAACCUCGAGUUUGAGAGUGCAGAGGGAUCACCUGUACAGCCAAGGAAGAAAUAUGGUGAAGAAGUAACAGUUGAAUCACUGAAGAAAAUUUUAGGUGAAGACAUGUCUGUGACAAGAGAGGAGGAGGAGAGAAGGAGACAUGAGAUUAUUAAAACAUUUCGUACAGCACCUUUUGAAGAAAUUGUUGCAAGAUCUGAAGCCAAGUCAAAUCAUUUCCAUAACAAGUUAAAUGAGAUAUUAUCAAUGGUAUCUAAAGGCUCUGACAGUCCCGGGACAAUGAGACGGUCAACUGAUAAACCGGCUACAGUGUUUGACAUUCAAUAUCCAGAAUUAUAUGUCUACUAGUUUACAUUACAUGAUCUCUUAACAUUCAUAGAACAAAUUCUAAUUUUGGAUAGUCCUUGUUUGUUUUACCCAACUUACUUUUAUAUUGAGAUGAAAAAAUGUUCAACAUUUAGAUAAAAAUUUAAAUGUACUUAUUUUUUCAAUUAAGAUAUUAUAUCAUUUUAAAUUCCAUGAAUGUAAAGUACCUGGCAUUAUUGAUGAGAUAUAAUUUUUCUGUUGUUGUAGUUAAACAGCUUUAUAAUCAAAAUCUCCUCAUCCCUCAUCAGCUGUUAUAGAUAUGAUUUUUGUGUCGCCUCUACGGAGUAGUGGCGACAUAUAGGGAUCACUUCUCCGUCGUCUGUCUGUCCGUAUGUCUGUCUGUCCGUCCGUCCGUCACAAAACUUGUCCGGACUACCCCUCAUAAACUACUGGUGCAAUUUCAUCCAAACUUUACAGGAAUGAUCAGUAUCAAGUCUAGUUGUGCAUAUUGUCAGCAUUUUCCGGUUCAAUGAUUUUUGUCAGAGUUAUGGCCCUUUAAUAAUUUUUAAUUUUAAAGUUUGUCCGGACUACUUCUCUUAUACCACUAAUGCAAUUUCAAUGAAACUUUACAGGAUUGAUCUGUAGCUCAAGUCCUUGCGUAUAUUGCAAGGGUUUUCCGGUUGAAUGAUUUUUGGCCGAGUUAUGGCCCUUUGAUAAAAAGGUGUUUUUUUCUGUGUGUUGCCAGAUACACAAUAGCUUGUCCGGAUUACUCCUCAUAAACUACUGGUGCAAUUUCAUCCAAACUUUACAGGAAUGAUCAGUAUCAAGUCUAGUUGAGCAUAUUGUCAGCAUUUUCCGGUUCAAUGAUUUUUGUCAGAGUUAUGGCCCUUUAAUAAUUUUUAUUUUUAAAGUUUGUCCGAACUACUUCUCUUAUACCACUUAUGCAAUUUCAAUGAAACUUUACAGGAUUGAUCUGUAGCUCAAGUCCUUGCGCAUAUUGCACGGGUUUUCCGGUUGAAUGAUUUUGGGCUGAGUUAUGGCCCUUUGAUAAAAAGGUGUUUUUUCUGUGUGUUGCCAGAUACGCAAAAGCUUGUCCGGACUACUCCUCAUAAGCUACUGGUGCAAUUUUAUCCAAACUUUACAUGAUUGAUCAGUACCAAGUCUAGUUGUGCACUGUCCGUCUGUCUGUCCGUCUGUCACAAAAUUUGUCCCAACAUGAAAUUGGCCAAUUAUGAGGCGACACAUGUGAUUACUGAUCGCUCUUGUGUUUGCCAAUAUUGAAAUAUCCUUCAAGAUAAAAAUUCUCCUGUGUUUUCCUUGUAAUUUUGAUUUUGAACAGACAGUAGCUAAAUAUAUGCACAGUAAUGAAUUGUUAAACCAUGAAAAACAAGUUUUAUAUUUACUUGAGGAUAUGGGAGCAUGAGCUAUUAUAUUGUAUAACAAGUUGUUUUUUACCCCCACCCUUAUAAUGUAUAAAGAGUCUUACUUAAUUUACUGCCCCUCUCCACAUUAUGUGGAAAAGGUUUUACUUUACUGGAAUCACAUCAAUUUGUCUUGGGGUUCCAUUUAAGUCCUGUCUGUUCUAUAAAUUUUAUUUUCUUUGAAGGAUUUCCUUUAAACUUGACUUAAAUGUUGACUUAACAAGACGUUGUGCACAUGUUUAUUUGCUGGGUCAAAGUCAUUCCUGUAGGUCAAAUGUCAGACUAUUUCAAAGUCUAAACCCUCUGAAGUAAUAUUAUCAAACUUGGCAGAACAAGGUGACUUACAGAACUCAUGCUAUUUCUGUGCCGACUAAAGGUCAACGUGACCCUUCAAGUUUAAAUGUUAGACAAUUUAAUGUGUGUUUUAUGUGUAUUUAUGACUUUCUUCAAGUUUAGCUUAAAUCUUUCCUUACAAAGGUAAUGAUAACUGGAUCUAAAAACAGAAAAUACCCUCAUUGAGAUAUUAUUUUAUGAUGUAUUAGAUGUAAGUAUUCUAUGUACAGUCUGUGAUGUAUGGGUUAGUGCAAUCCUAAUUAAUUGUCAUUCAUUUCACAGUUAUCAUUGUACUUAUUGUGAAUUAAAAUGUAAAUAAAGUCAUUAAAAAUAAA